ACGCACGCUUACAGCACGCCUUUGCUUUGCUGCAGAGUCAGAACCCCCACCCCCCCACCUGUGUCCACCCUCAUCACCGCCAACGCCACCAUGACUUUCAAUGGCAACUGGAAAGUGGACCGCAAUGACAACUAUGACAAGUUCAUGGAACAAAUGGGUAUCAACUUGGUGAAGAGGAAACUGGCCUCCCACGACAACUUGAAAAUCACCAUCGAGCAGAACGGAGACAAGUUCCACGUGAAGGAGAGCAGCAAUUUCCGCACCCUGGAAAUCGACUUCACCCUGGGGGUCAACUUCGACUACAGCCUGGCCGACAGCACGGAAGUAUCUGGCUCAUGGGCGCUGGAGGGCGACACGAUGAAGGGCACCUUCACCAGGAAAGACAACGGCAAGCAACUGAUAACCACGAGAGUGGUGCAGGGAGAUGAGCUCAUACAGAGCUACAGCUAUGACGGCGUGGACGCUAAAAGGAUUUUCAAGAGGGCUUAGGUUGAACUUUGUGAGGCGGUUACAGAGAAGAUUGUGUGGCGUACUCGAAGUAGACCAGCACAACUUGUACAAAGUGCACUGUGUGCCAUGCUUAAAGUAUGUCCAAAAAAACAUAUAUAUAUAUUUUAAUUGCACUGGCUUUAUGACUUUGCUGUAAUAAAUAAGUAUACUAUACCAGA